UUACCCCACACAGCCACAAACUAUAGCAGCAUAUGUCAAAAAAAAAACAAAAGCUAAAAAAGAAAAAGAAAGAAACAGCUGUUUCUUGACAGCUGGACUGUCUUGAUGAGUUUGAUUAUUCGGCAAAUGAAUCAUACGUUGUGGAUUUGUAUCACGUCUAAUCUAUUUUCCAGUCUUGUUAAUCGAUGGUGACGAGUGUUGUUGAUCGAUCAGCAUUGUCGUCUCGUUAUAUUCAGUGUACUGUGACUGGAAAUUGACCAAAUCAAGAUUAACAAUGUUUAACGCCUUCAAAAGAUUAGCUGGUAAAUCAGAUGGCCCUGGAUAUGUAUCUCCUAGGCCAGCACAUCAAUCGAUGCCUACAACACUACAAAGAAAAUUUGCCAAAGGUGUACAGUACAACAUGAAAAUUAUCAUAAAGGGAGAUAGAAACGUUGGAAAAACAUGCUUGUUCCAUAGACUACAGGGUCAAAAGUUUGUCGAAGAAUACAUUCCGACUGAAGAGAUCCAAGUAGCUAGUAUACAGUGGAAUUACAAAGCAACAGAUGACAUUGUUAAAGUUGAAGUUUGGGACGUGGUGGAUCGUGGGAGAAGACGCAGGAAGUUGGAGGGUUUAAAAAUGGACAAUGUUCCAUCAGAGCAUGUGAUUGAAGAACCAGCUCUAGAUGCUGAAUUUUUGGAUGUGUAUAAAGGGACUAAUGGAGUCAUAGUAAUGAUGGACAUUACUAAAACAUGGACCUUUGACUAUGUCCAGAGGGAACUUCCUAAAAUCCCAAGUCACAUUCCAGUUAUAGUUCUGGGAAAUCAUUGUGAUAUGUCGCAUCACAGAACGGUCACUCCGGAUCAUGUUACUUAUUUUAUAGAUUCGCUACAAGGAAGGAAAGCUCAGAUCAGAUAUGCUGAGUCGUCGAUGAGAAAUGGUUUCGGGUUGAAGUUACUGCAUAAAUUUUUUAAUUUACCAUUCCUUCAAUUACAACGUGAGACGUUAUUAAAACAAUUAGAUACAAAUGAGGAAGAGACAACGCUAACCAUUCAAGAACUUGAUUUGUUUCAAGAUGGCGAUGAUGCAGAUUAUAAUAAAUUCUUAGAUAAUCUCGUUAACAAGAGACGUGCUAUUGCAGAUUCUGUAUCUGCAACAGUUUUGACACCGAACAUUACUUCAUCUUUAAGUACACAUCAAAUAUCGCCCUCGAACAGCUCGGCUUCUCUUAAUUCAGAAGUUAAGAGGUCAAUGUCCAUGCCUGGUCCAAUUGGUCCUAUAGGCGGAGGAACUCCAAUACCAGUGAAAAAUAUUGAUUUGAAGUUUCAACCAAAAAAAGAGAGUGCUGUUGCAAAGCCAUCAGAACACUCAACGGGUUCACUAAAAACCUCUCAAAGCACAACAACCCUACCAAAUAUGCAAACUCUACCAAAAGUGGAAGUUACAAAAUAUGACGAUUCGUCGUCCGCUAAUUUAGAGAGACGGGAUUCAACUCAAAAACCUCAGUCAUUCAUGUCUAAGAUAUUCGGCAAGAAAGAAGAAGAAACUGAACGACUUCCGAGCCCAAGCGUAAUAAGCUCAAAUGAGAAAAUAACUAGCGUUGAGGACUUUAUACCAGAUGAUGGAAUGCUAGAUAGAUCCUUCUUAGAUGACAAUACCCAAUCGACACCGCAGAAGACUCAACAAGAGCAAGCUGAUUCUGAGAGCGAAACUGAAACGGGAAAUCCGUUGGUUGCUGGAUAUGAAGAUGAUUUAUCAUCAGCAGAUGAAAGUCCCCCACCCGUACAAUUGAUACUGACUGAAAAUCCAUUGAUUAAACAGAAACACAAACGAGAUUCCCUAGGGACAGUUGAUUCGAAUAUGGAAAAACAAAGUCAGAAUACAAUAAAACGAGAUUCAGUCUCGUCGAUUGAGCCAGAACUUCAAUUAGCAAAUGAUUAUGAAGCUGGUGAUUCACAAGAAAUCAAACCGGAGUUAUUUGAUACUUGGUUAGGCCAGGAUUCUAAGUGGCGGCAAAGCCCAGAAGGUGGAGAAGAUGUCAGCAGUAUAAGUACAAAAAAAGAUACACUAGAAUUAAGUGAUAAAAGUCCAGACGUUAGUAUGACCAGUUCAAACGUGCACUUAGAACUCCUAGAUAAUACAAGUAUGCGGCAAAUGAGUUCGAAUAACAGUAGUCCUGUGAUGAAAGAAAAGAAGAAGCUCAAGGAAAAGAGUGAAGAAAAAGAAAAGAAGAAAAAAAAGAAAACCAAAGAUAAAGAAAAAGACAAGGAAAAAGCUGACAAGUUAGAGAAGAGAAAAAAGCGAUCGUUCCAACGUUCGAGAGAUGAAAACAGAGAGCGAGAUGAGCUGGAAGAAUUUUUGAAUGGAACGGCAACAAGACCAGGGAUAGAUGCUGCAUACGAGGCUAUAUAGCCCUACGAGAUGGUUAGGAGUUUCAGAUGGCCGCAUCUGAAAUCGACUUCGAUUUCGGGCACUUAAUACGUGCAUUGCUUUAUAAGUUUCCCACAAAAGGUUUAAUCAAUGCAGAAUUACAAGAUGAUAGUAAUUGCUUUCGAAAACAAUAAUCAUAAGGCGGCUUAUAUAUUUUAAGAGAGAUAAUUAUCCCAAAUAACAAUUGCCACUCAGUCCCUUGCGAUUAUUCUGCAUUGGAAUAUGUGGGAUGGUGCAAAAGAGCCGGUCGAAUCUUAUCAACCUACAAUUUUUCAAAUGGUGAAAGAAUGAGAUUGUUGCUUCCUUGAAAUACCUGAUAAUAUGAUCGUGAUAUCGGCCUCCGAAUUCAUUCAGAAAAUCUCAUCCACAUUUUGUCAAAAAAGUCAUGAUUAGCUAUACAUGGAAUCAAUAUGGCUUUGAUUACUCAACACGAUCGAGUUGUAUGGAUAUUGGGGGAUGAAUCUGUUGGUUCUGAGCCAUUUUAUUUUCGAAAACGGGAAUCCUGUAAAUAAUUCAUAUGUAAUGGGUUCCCAAUAAUUAAACACUCGUAGAUCUUAAUUGAUAUCAUGUACAAGAUUCCUCUUCCAAUUUGAAACAAGUUUUGACAAAUAAAGCAUAAGAUUGUUAUUCCAUCGAUGUAUGUAUGUAUGUGUGAGAUAUUAUAACGAUGCUUAGAGUUCAUGUCGAACGUCAAUACGUGUAACAUAUGGCUAUUUGAAUAUCGAAAAAUAUGGAAACAAUUGUUUAGUACAAUUUUAGUUUAUUCGUUGUUAAUAAUAUGGAGUUACGUCCGAUAAUCUUUCUUUUCGAUUUAAAUCAAUGAAGAACUAAAUGAACUGAGCAUGAGUUGAAGAAUAAUUCUAAUAACUAUUGAUCACAAAAUUAAUGUUUUAGAUGUUUCUACUGGAGAUUUUUUUUAAGAUUUAAACUUGUGAUUUUUGACGUUAAACCAUUCUGUUGUUUACAAAGUCAUUUAUAAUGUAACGUUGUAUACUGCUAUGUCAUUAUGAAACAUAAUGUUAAUAAAUGUAUGUGGAUCAAA